UGUUGUCUGUGCUUAAACUUACGUCUGCAAAAAAAUACCUUCAGUUUUUUAGAAUUUUGAUGGUGGUAUAAUUUUUUUAUAAAUUGUAAAUUAAAUAUCAGUUUCAACGUUCUUUUAAUUAAUUUAUCAGUUAUGUCUUCGUAUCAACUGUACAGGAACACAACAAUUGGGAACACGUUACAAGAAAGCCUCGACGAAUUGAUUGAAUACGGUCAAAUAACACCAAAUAUAGCAGUGAAGGUGAUGUUACAAUUUGACAAAUCUAUAAACCAAGCCUUAUCAAACAGGGUUAAAUCUAGGCUAACCUUCAAGGCAGGAAAAUUAAAUACUUAUAGAUUUUGUGAUAAUGUGUGGACAUUUAUGCUAAACGACGUUGAAUUUAGGGAAGUCCAAGAAGUUGCCAAAGUGGAUAAAGUCAAAAUUGUAGCCUGUGAUGGUAAAAAUGUUGAUGACCGGAGGUAAUAUCUACUGUAUAUUGUAAUGGAAAGGUUUUGUAAAUUACCAUUUUGCUAAAUUAUUAUCUAAUUGUAUAACACAAUGUGUUGUGACUUUGAUUUUGUUGCAGUUUAUUUGUGAGUGAUAAUUCAAAUAAAACUGCUUAAGUCAAA